AUGAUGGAGGUUCUACUAGACCCUCGCAUUUGUGAAGUGCCGCGACCGGAAAAGAAACCAUUAUUCACUAAUGGCUCUUUACCACAAUUAUCAACUCCAUUUCAGAACGAAUGUCUUGCUCCAAUUCUUUCACUUGUUGAAAAUACUCUUUUUACUUGGAAUAAUUGGUCUGUCUCUCUGCCGCCUUCUCUUCUUUCUGCUGAUUUGGAAAAGCCUCAUGAAGCUCCAAAUUCAGGUGAAUUGUUUGUUCAUCAAGACUUCAACGAGUAUCGUGUUCUCGCUAAAGAUGAACGCCAAAGAAGCCGACGUCUGAAUAAUCUCCAACUCUCUCAGCUCCGUAAUUAUGGUCGAUUUGAUAUUGAGAGUCGGGAUUUUCCUGGUUACCAUCAUAGUUGGCACAUUUCUAAUGGUUUACAGAAGGGCCGAAUUCCAAUAUUAAACAGUCUGAAAAGUAACAUGUUCAGAGCUCUGGAAUUUUUGGCAAUUGGAUCGAAAAAUCGUCUUGUUGGUGAUUACUUCAGUGUUAAGGUUGCUGCCUUUGCAUUCACGGAUUUCUUACAAUGUCUCCUAGGCAACCAGAAUUUCUUCAACCCUCCCUGGCGAUCUUCUGUGGAGAAGAAGAAGAAGACGCCGCAUGACUGA